AUGGUCCUCAGAGCCGAAGAUCAAGGCCAGCUUCAGCUCGUUAUGCGCGAAGAGAUCGAGGAUGAAGACGACCUCUUCGAAGUCAUCGAUAAGCUGAUUGCUCAGGGAAUUAACGCCGGUGAUGUUAAGAAGCUUCAAGACGCAGGGAUUUACACCUGCAAUGGCUUGAUGAUGCACACCAAGAAGAACUUGACUGGAAUCAAAGGCUUGUCUGAGGCUAAAGUCGAUAAGAUAUGUGAAGCUGCUGAGAAGAUUGUGAACUUUGGAUAUAUUACGGGUAGUGAUGCCUUGACCAGGAGAAAGUCCAUUGUCAAAAUUACAACUGGAAGCCAAGCUCUUGAUGAGCUAUUGGGAGGGGGGAUCGAAACUAUGGCAAUCACUGAAGCAUUUGGGGAAUUUCGGUCUGGGAAAACACAGCUGGCACAUACUCUCUGCGUGUCUACACAGCUGCCUACUAACAUGCAUGGAGGAAACGGAAAGGUUGCUUACAUUGAUACAGAAGGAACUUUCCGGCCUGAACGCAUUGUACCAAUAGCUGAAAGGUUUGGCAUGGAUCCAGGAGCUGUCCUCGACAAUAUCAUUUACGCUCGUGCUUUUACUUAUGAGCAUCAGUAUAAUCUGCUUCUCGGUCUGGCUGCAAAAAUGGCUGAAGAGCCAUUCAGACUUCUGAUUGUAGAUUCAGUGAUUGCUCUCUUUCGUGUGGAUUUUACUGGGAGAGGAGAGCUUGCGGAUCGCCAGCAAAAACUGGCACAGAUGCUUUCCCGUUUAAUCAAGAUUGCUGAGGAGUUCAAUGUUGCUGUCUAUAUGACCAACCAAGUGAUAGCUGACCCUGGUGGCGGAGUGUUCAUAUCUGAUCCAAAGAAGCCAGCAGGAGGACAUGUGCUUGCCCAUGCCGCAACCAUAAGGCUCAUGUUCAGGAAAGGCAAAGGUGAACAGCGUGUCUGCAAGGUGUUUGAUGCUCCAAACCUGCCUGAGGCCGAAGCAGUUUUCCAGAUAACUGCAGGAGGCAUUGCUGAUGCAAAGGACUGAAGUGGAAUGCCAUUCCGUGAUACUUAGAAGAAACAAAUUAUGUAAUGUUCAAUUUCCUGCAUAUAUAUAUAUAUAUAUAUAUAUUCAUAGAAUCGUAGUUUCACAUGAAGUUGUAGUGAUAUGCAGAAUACUUAGUCGUAAUGAUAUGCACCAGUAUGGUGCAAUAGCAACUUAUGUAGAAAUUGGAUGGCUUCAAUAUGGAAUUUAUCUAAAGCAGGCUUACUGAUUUACCAGAUUGCUUAUCUCAAAUGCAAAAAUCAUUACGCAUCUACUAGACU